AUAUAUCUAUAUAUAUAUGCUUAUGUAGUACUGUUAAAGAUAAACAAAGUAAAGAGAGAACGAAUGAUACAGACACAAUUUGGCGUGGGCGCACCCCCACAAAAAUGACGUCAUUUAAUAAACGUUGGCAGGAGUUACCGACGCAAAUUUUAUUUGUAUGAGUACAUGAAGAGAAGAGGAGAAAUAUGGACGUAUGUAUGUGAGAAUGGAAGAGUACAUAGCGGGGGAAUGAAGCUCUGAUGGUGAUGUGAAGGUAUAGUAGGAGGGUUGACUGGAGUAGUAGGGUGUCAGAGUAACGAGGGACGUGGUGCAGAAAGGGGGUAAAUAAGAAUGAAUGGAUAUUGUAGGCUGUAGAGACAACUGAGUAGUAGUGGAAGUGGAGGAGGGAUGAAAGAGGUGGCGCGAUCAAAUCGUUGGUCACGAGGGAAGGAUGUGAAGAUGUGAGAGAUAAAGGAGUGGUAUAGUAGUGAAAAACAAGAGACCUCACUCUUUUCUCUGACAAGGACUUUUGAAGGAAGAAAAGAGAAAGGACCGGUGAGAAUAGAAGAGUAAGAUACCUAAACACCAAAGUAUUGGGGGGUAAGAUCCAGGAUGAUGUAAACAGAACACGUGACGCUAGCCAAUGGUCUGAUGUUGCUACUGCCGUUGGGGUCUUUCUCUCUCCUUUUCUCGUCGUCAUCGUCAUCAUCUUCUCGUUCACUCAGCAUGCUACUAACCACUUGGUUUGCAACUCUUUAUUAGUCUAGCGCGGACUAUCGUGUACCCCUUGCCUCGUUGCAUCCGACUGCUCAUUAUUAUCUAACGUGCACAAAGUUUACGGUGAGAUCAACAUUUAAAUUUGUUUUAAAUAAAGUAUCUGCAGUUGACAUCCAAAGGAUUAUUGUGCUCAAGUGAAUUCGGGCUUGUUUGGAAAUACAUCGGAAGAAGCGACGGAUUCGUUACUGGAAUCAUAUCGCGCUACACAUCCGGAUGACGAUAGUUUUACUGAUAUCUCCUGUCGUUCAGUGAACGUCCUGUUGAAUACAUAUAUAAAUGUAUAUACAAAUAUUCAUAUUCAUGCGUACAUGUAGUGUAAAUAGAGCCACGGCGCUGAUGUGAUUGACCACGUGAGAAUCUGGCUUUUGUAAUUGUAGUGAUAUUUAUUUAAAAAAUAUAUUAACAAGUGUCCGCUGACAUGUGUCAGCUUUUUAAUCAUCUACUCUUAGAGGCUGAUAUUUAUCGACCACACCAACAGUAUCUUUAUCAAGACAAUUUAGUUUCAAGUAGAUACACAAAGUUUUACCGGUUAUUUACGAGUACUGUGAAUCUUGUGACACGCCGGUUGACGACAAGCUCAAGUGUAAUUUGAAAAAAUGGUGGCGCUCGUCGCGAUGCGACGCGAACAUACAACAGGACGUAGCAGUAAUUACGAGCCCGCUAAUCCACUUGCAGGUUUUGAUCAUCUCCAGCAAAAUCCGUUCGGGCAUCCAGUGAUCAAUGAAUCGAGAUCACGUGACAUUCAGACUGCUGAAGAUGGUGAGUUACAGGAAUUUGUGGAUAUUGCACAAGUACAGCAAUUGCUACAGCAACAGACGCAGCAUCAACAGCAGCAUCAUCACCAUCAGCAGCCACCACCGACGUCUUGUCUCUGGGGGGCGGUUUACCCGCCGCCUCCACCGACUAUCAGUUAUCCUCAUCACCAUCAUCACCAUCAUCAUCACCAUCCUUCAGAAUCUCACCAGUCAGGCGAGGAGACGCAGUGCGGACCUGAGGAAGCAUUAGCGGCAUCUGCCACUGUAGUAAAUCCAACACAACUUCAGAGGAUGACCAUGGACGGAAUUGAGGUGGUCGGCACGCAGCAUCAUGCUGCAGCCAGUCCAUUCCUACUGUCAUCGCCACCACCAGGACAUCAUCAUCACCAUGUUCAUCACACCCACGCUUCUUACAAUAUCCAAGCAGUCCAGUUAAGUUUUGACGCCUGUCUGGCUUACAAUACUGCGAGCUCAACUUCAGGGAUUCCCAUAGGCCGUGGGACGUCAUCGCCGAUAGCCGCGACCUCCGUCAACAGUGGCAAGGCAGUAUCACUGCUCACUCUUUCAAGUUGUCCUCCAUUACAUUCAGCGAGCUCCGACUCGCCGGAUAUUCAUCACCGACAUCGGCACCAUCACCACCACCAUCACAAUGAUAACCAACAACAUCAUUCUAUCUCAGAGAACCCAGUGUCACCAAGUGAUUCUGUGGAAAAACAAAUCCAACCGCGCAAUGGUGACGACGACGAUGUUUGCAUCGGAAACUGCCAAGACGAUAUGCGUGACGCAACAGAAAAAGAUAAACCGGGUGACUUAAACACCCCCGUCACCACUAGUAGCGAUUUGCCAUCUUUUUUUGGACCCUCCGCUCUCGUAGAACCACCACCAAUAUCAGGUAGUCUAGCAGGCGAUGAUCUCUCUCUUGAAGCAGCAACUGUUGAAGAUGAUGAAACAGUGGUUUCUACAGGACGGGAUCACCACCACCAUCACCACCAUCAAGACAAUACGGAUUCGACAACUGUUAGAGCGCACUCGUCAUCUAGUCCCCAGCGUCAUCAUCAGUCCCAGGAGGACAUUGAACGCUGUAAUAUCCUUCAAGGAGGUGUCAUACUCUAUUCAGCUCCACACUCCUCGUCUUCAGUUUCCUCUACGCCUGUCACCAGUGUCAACAUUUGUAAUGUACCCACGCUCACUUAUCGAGGUAUUUUUACGACAACGUGCACUCAAUCAACGACUCUUAACACUCUCCAGACACCUCAACAGCAACAGCAACAACAACAACAACAACAACAACAACAACAACAACAACAACAACAACAACAACAACAACAACAACAACAACAACAACAGCAACAACAACAGCAGCAACAACAACAACAGCAACAACAACAACAACAACAACAACAACAACAACAACAACAACAACAACAACAACAAACAACUCAAGAAAUCUGGAAUUCAAUUCCAUCCCCAUCUCUCACCUUAACGAGUCAGCCAUUCCUCCAUCCCUCACUUCACUCCGCACCCUAUGGGGGUGAGACUGUGGAAUUACUUCAAGUUGAUUCUAAACCCCCUCCUCAUUCUGGAUAUCACGAUUCGCCGUCUUCCACAUCGACAACUUGGCUGACCAGUCACGAGGACAACUACGAUUCUGGACUACUGUCCCAUCACCAACCUCAUCUCCAUCAUCACCAUCACCCAGAGACAACGCUCAAGCAAGAACCAGUUUCUAACUCUGGAUACAAUCCAGCUGUGCAACACCAACAGUCUCAACCCCAACAGCAACUACCCACACCAGGGUCUGGUGCCGUUCAACUUGCGGAGUAUAAUCCCAGCACAUCUAAAGGCCAUGAAAUUCUAUCCCAAGUCUAUCAGCAAAGUGCUCUGCCUCUCAGGUUAGUCCCAGUUAAGCCCAGAAAAUACCCAAACAGACCGAGCAAAACUCCAGUCCAUGAAAGGCCUUAUGCUUGUCCAGUCGACGGUUGCGAUCGCCGGUUCUCGCGCAGUGACGAACUUACAAGACAUAUUCGUAUCCACACUGGCCAGAAACCAUUCCAAUGUCGCAUCUGCAUGCGAUCUUUUUCUCGGAGUGACCACCUCACCACCCACGUCAGAACUCAUACUGGUGAAAAGCCAUUUUGCUGUGAUCAAUGUGGAAGAAAGUUUGCCAGGAGUGACGAGAAAAAAAGACACGCGAAGGUCCAUUUGAAACAGAGGCUCAAACGUGAGGCGACCCACAUUAACUCAAGGAAUCAUUCUCAAGCUCACGUUUCUUCACCUUGUAAUCAGUAAAUUUAUAAAAUUUUAAAUUUAAAUUAGAGUAAUUUCUUCAGGAAAUAAAUGUUUCAUAUGAUGAGAUUUUAAACGACCCUCACAUAUUUAUAUAAUAAUGUGUGUUUGAUCGUUACUAUUAAAUUUAACAAAAUAAUUUAUAUGAAUUUUUUCGAUUAUUAGUAAUUUUUAGAAAAUGCUAUAGUAUUAAUUUAUCUGAUCUCUGUUGAUACUUGAAUAUCCUCUCACGGAUACCCGAGUCUUUCAAAUGUAAGAACGUGUAAUCGUUUAUCGUUACCUUAGUUUUAAUGGAUGAAAGAGUUUUUCAUUACUCGAAAUUAUGAAAUUAUUAAAUGGCGUCAAUUGUUGGUCCUUAUGAAUCCUUUUUAUCGUGCGUUAUUCAUAUUAAAGAUAAAUAUAUAUUUAUAAAAAAUAAAUAAAUGAUAUUUAUGGUGUAUUGUUUAAUCGUAUAAUUUUUUCUUCACAGAUUUUUCAUUAUUGAUAAUAAUUUAGCUAGUGAAAAAUUAAGGUAAUAUAAACUUUAGCCUUUCUAUGUGAUAAUUUUUCAAGAUUUAUAAAUAGAUAUAUAUCAUUAAAAAAUAAAAUAUUUUUAGCAAAUUUUAAAUGAUGUAUAGUUUUAAAUCACCUGUUAAAACUAAGGUACCGUUUUUUUUUUUUAUUUCUAUUCUAAAUUUUAUUUUUGUUUACAUACUUAGUCAUAUGUUCGUUGAAUUUACUAUUCGUGAUCCGGACACGCUAAAUUUCGGUUGUAACUUCAAUGUCUGAUCAACAACAACUUCGAGUUAAAUUUUAAAUCAUCGAUCGACAGAAAUUUACGUCAGAAUAAAUUAUUUAUACACAGAAAAAGUGGAUUUCUUGGCGUUAAAUUUUCACUUUCCUCAAUAAAAAUUUCUGGAGGUGAGAAAAAAUUUUCCUAAGCAAGAAAAAAUUUUUUGUUUAAUUUGAAUACUUGACAGCAUUUUUUGUUUUAAUUUUUUCUUGAUGUUAAUGAAUUAAAGUAAACUAAUUAAAAGAAAUGUAAUUACAUUAUUCGAUCGUUAUUUAUGGUUAUUACAUAAAAAUGAUAUUGUAAAUAUGUAUAUAUAUACGGCGUAUUAUAUGUAUACAUAAAAAAAAUAUUUAACUGAAUGCAAAUACAGUAAAAAAAUGCCUACAUAUAUAGAGGUAUACUAAUAAAGUUACACCUGGAAAAAAAAAUUGUUAUAAAAUAAUAAAUUUUUUUCUUCUCAUCCAUGAUAUGCCAUGUGAAUACGAGUAAUUAAUUUUAUGUACAUAAUAAUGUUAUAUUUAUGAAUAAAAAUCGUGUAUAUUUUAUUUAAAAAAUAAUGGGUAUUUUACACCCUCUGCACGUACAUACUUUUAAAUACUCGUUGUAUUGCUGAAUAGGCAAGCGUACAUAUUUUAAAUUAUAUAUUUGUAUAUAUGUUGUUGAUAUAGAAUUAGUAUUUUUAUUAAAAUAUUUCUCUAAGUCGAAAAAUAUGUAAUUUUAAAUUAACAAAAAAAUAAUUUAAAAUUGUUUAAUAUGUCUAGGUGCAAUUUACAAGAAGAAAAUAAAACAGUAAUCGUUACCGCAGACCACAGUAGUCUAGCCAAGAAAAAAAUUAGCCCUGUGCUAUACUGUACUCAUUUCUUCACUGUAAAAAUUUUGGUGUAAUGGCCCUCGAGAACUUUACCGCCGUGUAAUGUAAAGUAAAAGUGUAAAUUAUCCACUCGUAAUUUUAAUAUCCCUUUAAAAAAUUGGGAGUUAAUUCGGAGUGAUUUCGGAUUUUAUUUAAAUCUGCAUUGACUCCGAUUCGGAAUUUAAUAAUAAAAUAAAUUUCUUUUAGGAGUGAAUUUCACUCAGAGGGAAUUGAAUAAAUAAACAGUCAUCCGCUCCGGAUUUAUUCCGCUGAUUUUUUACAGUGCAUGGUGUGAUUUUUUUACACCAUCCUGUUACUCGGUAUAAUUUGAAUUCUAAUCAACAAAUGAUAUUGAAAAUUUUUAACUAUCUAAUGAAUAUCUAAAUUGAUUUUAUUUAAAUAAUAAAUAGCCCUGAUUAAACAACUGGAUUCGAUCGAAUUAAACAGAAUUAAAUUUUUAAUUCAGAUAAAUUUUGUUAAUUCGGUACCUAACUUAAAAAUGAAUUCUGUCUAAUUCGGCAGGAAAACCAGAAUUUAUCCAAAUUGAAACGAAUUUAAAUAAUUCUACUCAGUUUAAUUUGAAAAUAAUUCUCAAAUUUCUGGUUUUGACUCCGAAUUAAACUGAAUAAAAACAGAUUCCAAAUUUUUAAAUCCAUUUUAUUCUGUUUAAUUCGAAAAAACUCCUCGAAUUUCUGGUCUGACUCCGAAUUAAACCGAAUUGAAACCAAUUCAAAAAUUUUUAAUCGGUUUUAUUCUGUUUAAUUCAAAAAUUAAAUUUAAUUAAUUACUUUUCUUAACUCAAAAUUUCGAUAAAUUACACAUUUACACGCUUUACGGUGUAAAAAUUUUAAAUUCACCCCGCCUAAAAUUUUUUACAGUGAUUCAAAUGAGUAACUAUUGCAAUAGACAAAGUAAUAUGCAAUUGAAAGAUAUUUUAUUUAUAGUUAACGCAGUAAUAGCAACUGAUUUACUUUCUUCUUGUAUCUUAAAAGAAAAUAAAAUUGCAAAAGAUUUUUAUGUAUAUGCUAAUUAAACUGUUCGAUAUUUACCAUGUAUCGUUCUUUAUUGCUUUUUAUUCUCAUUCUAUCUUUUAUCUCACUUUCACCGAUACCAGAGAUUACUUUUUUACAAAAUCAUAUUAUUGCUUAUGAGUAAUUUUAAAAAAAAUUUUUUUAAGUGAAGUGUAGCAUACACGUGACUAUUUUCAAGUGCAAUGCACAUAAAAUUCGAACUCGCUUAUUAUAUAUAUUUUUAAUCGUUGUUCAAUGCAGCAUUUGAACACCGCAUUACAAUAAUUAUUAACAAAAAAAAAAUACACGUUAACAUUGAUUCAC